CGUUUUUGGCCACUGGUUUUCCUUUCGGCCCGAUCUAGUUCAGGAAUUAUCUCGCAUUUAUUGGGUGAUAACAAUGGGGAAAACUGGACAUGGACCUGUCCUUUGUUUUGCAAGCCUCCUCUGAUCAUAACGCUCUAAGACACAAAAUUCCGGUACCGAAGAAACGCCCUAUAAGUUCGCAUCGAGCUUCUUUCCGUGAUUACACCAUCAGGCAGUAUGAAAACCGGCUCAGACUGUUCUCCCAUCCCACGAAGAUUUUCCGCUACUUUGCCACCAUAAAAAUGAAAAACAAAUCUGGUAAAUGGGAACUGUACAUGACUGUCUCCGAUUUCCUGAGAUCCAUUCAGCCAGGAGUCAGACAGCCAGAGCAUUUGGGCCUGGACAAGUUCCACAUUCUCGAUGAGAAGGCGGCCAAGAAAUGGCAGCCGGAUGUCAGGGAAGAUAGCAUCUUCUUAAAGAUCGAGAGGCGGGGCUUGCUGACCUACAGUGACUAUGUGCUACUGACCAUCCUGCUGUCCAUUCCGGAGCGAAACGUUAGGAUCAGUUUUAAGCUAUUCGAUGCAAAUGGUGAUGGAAAUGUAACAAUCGAGGACAUGGAAACAAUUCUUAUGGCAAUCACCCAGGGCGAAGCCUCCGUGAUGAACUCCCACCUGAAGAAAUAUCUCUUUGGUUCACGAUUGAGUAGAACAAUGGGUGAUGACUUUCUGGAGUUCCUGCAAGAGUUGCACACUGAGAUCCAUACACAGCAGUUCCAGAACCUAUUGAAGGAUUCCAGAACUGUGAUCUCUGAACUGGACUUCACCAAGGUGGUUCUGGGCUUCAGAACUUCCCGUAGCGAAACACGCGAAACCCUGAAGAGGGUCAAGAAAAAGUUUGGAAAUAUGGGUCGUGGUAUAAGUCUGGAGGAGUUCUUGGCCUUUUUUCGCUUUGUGCAGGAUGUGGGUGUAAUGGAUAAUGAGCUGGCCUUUUACUACUUCACCGGGGCGAAUAUCUCACCCAAAACACUGCGACACAUCUCGUAUGUGGUGACCGGUAAACUCUCUGAACAUCUUACCGAGGUGAUUUUCUCCAUCUUCGAUCGUGAUAGCGACAAUAAUCAACGGAAGGAUUUCACCAAGAUGAGGCGUCAGUGGAUGCAUCCCGUUCCAUUGCGAACCAAUCUGAGGUUCUCAUCCACGAUAUGCAUUGUCUGCAAGUGCAUCUGGAAAGUGCUACCGUCUUGGAAAAAGGGAAGUCAUAUAAGGGAACCGCUUUUAGUUCGCUGACAAUAUUACACUGGGGAAAAAUUCCUUCAAUGUAAUUUCA